AUGUCAGAAAUCAAUCGUACUUUUGUUAAGCGAACUAUCUUUGUACCUCUGGUGGAAGAGACGUCUGAGAACAAUCAGAGCACGAGCACAAGUACAUCGCGUGACGCUUCAAAAGGAAAUAUACUGACGAAUCCAGGUAAAGUUUCUCUACAUGGGAGACUUUUACUACAUCGCCCUCAAUGGGAUACAGAUAUAACUGCGUUCUCCGAGAGCGUUAACAUAAUAGAAGGCAUAGACCACGACAUUCGCACACCGGACAAACUUAUCGAUGGAAUUAACAAUACCAAAGACGGUCGUCACUCCUGGCUGAUUCCGAUACUCCCUGGACAAACGAAUCGUGUGUAUCUAAUAUUUUAUCAGCCUAUUACGGUAUCAAUGAUCAAGAUAUGGAAUUACGGAAAGACUCUGCAGAGAAGAGUUAAAGAAUUUGCAAUAUUGGUGGAAGAUCUGUUAGUUUAUAAUGGAACAUUAGAUAAACAUAAUUCGUACGGCCUGGUAACGUUCGUGAAGGAAAGUGGUAACAAUGAAAACGUGGUAAAUCGAGCAAGAGAAUCAAGUCUUGAAUUUGCGAAGAAAUACCUCAGGCACUAAUUCGUUGCCGGAUCCAUCUCUUCGUCCACAUACAUCCUUACAAUUUAAGGAAACGUAACUAUAUGUACAUGGUAUAACGUAUAUAAUAAAACUGUGCGCACGUUUUA